UCCAGAGCAGAAAUGGAUCAGAACCAGCUGGACCGAGAAACCUUCUCCUGUUCGAUCUGUCUGGAUCUACUGAAGGAUCCGGUGACUAUUCCCUGUGGACACAGCUACUGUAUGAAGUGUAUUAAAAACUUCUGGGAUGGAGAGGAUCAGAAAGGAAUCCACAGCUGCCCUCAGUGCAGGAAAACUUUUCUACCGAGGCCUGAGCUGAGUAAGAACACCAUGUUAGCAGCUUUAGUGGAGCAGCUGAAGAAGACUGGACUCCAAGCUGCUCCUGCUGAUCUCUGCUAUGCUGGACCUGAAGAUGUGGCCUGUGAUUUCUGCUCUGGAAGAAAACUGAAAGCCAUCAAGUCCUGUUUAGUCUGUCUGGCCUCUUUCUGUGAGAAACACCUUCAGCCUCAUUAUGAUUCAGCUGCAUUCAAGAAACACAAGCUGGUGGAGCCCUCCAGGAACCUCCAGGAGAACAUCUGCUCUCGUCAUGAUGAGGUGAUGAAGAUGUUCUGUCGUACUGAUCAGAAGUCUAUCUGUGUUCUUUGUUUAAUGGAUGAACAUAAAGGCCACGACACAGUCACCGCUUUAGCAGAAAGGACUGAGAGGCAGAGAGAGCUGGAGGUGAGACGAGAAAACAUCCAGCAGAGAAUCCAGGACAGAGAGAAAGAUGUGAAGCUGCUUCAACAGGAGCUGGAGGCCAUUAAUCACUCUGCUGAUAAAACAGUGGAGGACAGUGAGAAGAUCUUCACUCAGCUGAUCCGUCUCAUCCAGAAAAGAAGCUCUGAUGUGAAGCAGCAGAUCAGAUCCCAGCAGGAAACUGAAGGGAGUCGAGUCAAAGAGCUUCAGGAGAAGCUGGAGCAGGAGAUCACUGAGCUGAAGAGGAAAGACGCUGAGCUGAAGCAGCUCUCAGACACAGAGGAUCACAACCAGUUUCUCCACAACUACCCCUCACUGUCAGCACUCAGUGAGUCUACACACUCAUCCAGCAUCAAGAUCCGUCCUCUGAGCUACUUUGAGGAUGUGACAGCAGCUGUGUCAGAGCUCAGAGAUCAACUACAGGACAUCCUGAGAGACGCAUGGACAAACAUCUCACUGAGACUCACUGAGGUGGAGGUUUCACUGUCAGAACCAGAACCAGGACCAGAACCAAAGAGCAGAGCUGGAUUCCUGAGAUAUUUAUGUAAAAUCACACUGGAUCCAAACACAGCACACAGUUUUCUGUUACUAUCAGAGGAGAACAGGAAGGUGACAUAUAUGAAUCAACCUCAGUCUUAUUCUAGUCAUCCAGACAGAUUCACUGUUUGGUUUCAGGUUCUGAGUAGAGAGAGUCUGACUGGACGUUGUUACUGGGAGGUGGAGUGGAACGGGAAAGUGUCUGUAGCAGUCGCCUACAAGAAUAUACCCAGAGAAGGAGGAGGGAAUGAAUGUUAUUUUGGACAUAAUGACAAAUCUUGGGCAUUAGAUUGUUCCCAAGACGGUUAUGAAUUUAGUCACAACGACAUCUGGACCUCUGUCUCAGGUCGUUGUUCCUCCAGAGUAGGAGUGUACCUGGACCACAGAGCAGGUAUUCUGUCCUUCUACAGCGUCUCUAAAACCAUGACUCUCCUCCACAGAGUCCAGACCACUUUCACUCAGCCGCUACAUGCUGGAGUUUGGGUUUGGGGUUCUGCUAAGUUCUGUAAGCCCAAAUAGAGAGAAUCCACUGAAGGUUCAGUGACUUUGAUUCUGUUUUCUAAAUCUCGAGCAGAUUAUUUUCUUGAUCGUUGUUGUUUUAUGUCUAAACUGCUCAGAAAUCAAUAGUCAGAGGUUGUCAGAACAUGUUUUUCUUCAGAAUUUAUGUUCUGGUUCUGUUGGGUUUCUUCAUUUCUCAACAUUGUUUUCUAAACCAGCUGAUCAGCACCAGAAUAUUUGCCCUGAGCUGAUUUCUUAAUUGUUGGUUUUAAAGUUAGGAUCCAGACUUGGUUCCAACUUCUUGAAUCUAUUUUUGAUGCGUCUUCUCUAAUAAUAAAAGCAGCGAGAUGUUCAGCUGAAGCUGAAACAUAAAGCGACAAUAACUGAUGUUCAAGUUGUUCCUCAACUGAUCAUCUGUGACAGCUAAACAUUCACUACCAGACAAAGGUCUGCAGACUUUUGAUGCAACAACUGAUCAGAAUAACAUUAAUACCUCCAACAACUUCUGUGUUUGUGCAGCAAAGAUUUUCAGGCAGAUUUUUGUGUUUUUUGUUUCAUUUUCUAAGAAUGCAAGUCAGCAGCUAAGAAUAUUUCAUCUAUUUUUGAUGCAACUUGACCUUCGGGUGUUAAGGUUCCUAACUGAAUGUAUUGCUAAAACAAAGUAACACGUAAAGAAAGUGAAAAGUACAAUAAGAUUAAUGUGGAACCAAGCAUUUAAUAAGUGCUCAUUUCAUGACAGACAAGUGGCCCCAACUUUUAACUUGUUGGGAUAAAAUAUAAAUGAAAACAGUCAAUUACAAGAAUAACUCCGGAACAUUGUUUUAACAAAAAAACAAUUUUUUUACA